GCCUGGGGGUGGGCCUGGCCCCGGGGUGGAGGCAGGGAGAUAUGAGGGGGGCAGGGGGAGAGGUCUGCCAGACUCUGCCCCUUAAACUCCGGGAGUUGGCGGAGGCGACACCCUGUCCCAGAGGGAGUGUUGCUCGUUUUUAGAGCUGUUGCGGGUAGAGUGGCGUCACUGGAAAGGUGGAAGGGAAGAGAAAAGGAGCAGGAUGACUAGACCUCAACUGUGGCCAGCUGGGCUCGGGCAGUUCCUCCUGAUGGGGCUGCUGCUGCCCCCGGUGCCUGUGUCCAGCGUCGAGGCGAGGAGAUUCAGGACUUCGCAUCCCUGCCCCGCGGCCUGCGAGCCGACGCGCUGCCCUCAGCUGCCCACCUGCUCGGCGUGGAUGGCGCCGCUGCUGGACCGCGCGGCCGAGGGCGAGGCUUGCGGCGGAGCGCGCGGCCGGCUGUGCGCCGCGGGGCUCUAAUGCCGCUUGGCGUUCAGCCCCGGGGGCCUCGGCGGCGGGUGGCUCGGCACUUGGGGCUGCCCAGCUGCAGGAGAGGCCGUGUGCCGCAGCGACCGGGGCACCUACGCUAGCCUGUGCGCGCUCCGCGCCGAGAACUGCGGCGCGUGCCUCCGCUACGCGCUCCCGGACGUGCCCGUGCAGAAGGGAGACUGUUGGGACCCAGGGAUCGGAAGGGCAGGCUGGCGCAGGAGCAAGUACAACUUCAACGCCGCUGCGGUGGAGAAGGUAGCGCCAUCUGUGGUUCACUUACAGCUGUUCCACGGGUCACCUCUCAGCACCAAGGACAUUCCUGCAUCCAGUGGCUCUGGGUUCAUAGUGUCUGAGGAUGGGCUCAUUGUCACCAAUGCUCAUGUCCUUACUAACUGGCAGCGGAUCCAGGUGGAGCUCCAGAAUGGGGUCCAGUAUGAAGCCACUGUCAAGGACAUUGACCAUAAGCUGGGCCUUGCUUUGAUUAAGAUUGAGCCAAAUACUGACCUUCCUGUAUUGCUGCUGGGGAGAUCAUCUGAUCUUCAGGUUGGAGAGUUCGUGGUGGCCUUGGGCAGCCCAUUUUCUCUGCAGAACACAGUGAUGGCAGGAAUUGUCAGCACUACCAGAGGGGGCAGAGAGCUGGGGCUGAAGGAUUCAGACAUGGAUUGUAUCCAGACUGAUGCCAUAAUUAACCAUGGGAACUCUGGGGGGCCUCUGGUGAACUUGGAUGGUGAUGUGAUUGGCAUAAACACACUAAAAGUGACAGCAGGAAUCUCUUUUGCAAUUCCCUCAGAUCGAAUUCGGCAGUUCUUGGCAGAUUUCCAUGAGCGCCAGUUGAAAGGAAGGGUUCUUUCACAGGAGAAAUACCUGGGUCUAUGAAUGUUGCCGCUCACUAUGAAUCUUCUUCAAGAAAUGAAAAGGCAGGAUCCAGAUUUCCCUGAUGUGAGUUCGGGGGUUUUUGUUUAUGAAGUGUUUCAAGGAACAGCUGCUGAAAGCUCUGGGUUGAGAGACCAGGAUGUAAUUGUGAGCAUAAACGGGCAACCUGUUACCACCACAACUGAUGUUAUUGAAGCUGUUAAGGACAAUGACUCCCUUUCCAUCGUGGUUCGUCGAGGAAGUCAAACUUUGAUCCUGACAGUUACACCUGAAAUAAUCAAUUAAGCAUCUUGCUUUAAAGAGAGAUUAUCAUCUAACAAAAACCAAAGCUGUAUCACCUGGUUUGUAUUGAAGAUAUGCCAAAGACUGUUUUAGGAGUUCUUUUUUAUAAAGAAAAAUGAAUGCUUUAAAAUACACACACAUGUUCAGGGAUCACAAGGUUGGGGGUGCUAUACUGCUGCUAAAAAGCCUGAUUAAGCAAAGUGGAAGGAUGUGGUGCCAGGAAGUCUGGGAAGCUGAUAACAUUUUAUUUAAAGAUAAACAAUGGAAAAACAAGCCUCCUUCCUAAUUUAACCUGGAGAGAGGGGCUUCAGUAUUUUAAAAUUCCUCUGUUGGCACAAACUCAAUAUAACAUAUACAUACCUACCAAAUAUUAAGAAACAUCCAGAAUUCAGAGUGCAAGGGAAAUAAAGUUUUUAAUAAUAUUCCUUUACUCAGGUCAGUUUUUCAGGUUGUAUCCCAUCUGGCCAGUGUUUGUGUUCAUAGAGGACAGGCAUCUUUUAGAAGUUGAAUUCAAACUGACAAUUGUGGAUUGCCACACUGGAAUAUUACUUAUGAUUCUUAAGUUAUCAUCCAUCAAUAUAACAGUGGAAACAACUUUGGUCUCCAACAGCUUUUCUGGCUGUGAGACAGGCUUGUUCUAUAAAACAGCUUCUUCAAUAACUUGCAGACUUCUAGCUUUUUACCCACCUCUUCCUCCUGGAAACAUUAGUGAUAUCACGUCUCAAAGCUGCCAGUCUUUUUUUUUUAAAGAAAAGAGCUUUUGAUAGGGUUUGUGAAUACUCGUAGGCAGAUUUAAAAAAAAAAAAAAGUGUAAGAUAAGGCAGGCUUAAAGUAACAUCUUAUGUUGGGAAAGAUUUUUUAAAUUCUGUUUUCCAGGCUUCUGUUAGGGGUGAUAUAUUUUUUAAUAUGGCAGCCUUGAGCCCCCUGAAAUUCUGUGCAAAAUUUUAUAUGUGUGUGCAUUUUUCUAGGGAGAGGGUUCAGGUUUUUCAUAACCCACAAAAAUUUAAAAAUGCUGCCUUACAGAGAUUAUGAAUAAGAGUCUACAAAUUAUUACUGUUACAAGCAAGGUUAAGGUCAGUGUGGCGUAGAACCUUUAAGACAGAACAGAAUGUUUUAAUUUUUUACACAAUUGCCACCAUUUAAGAAUACAAGAACAGUGAUCCUAUUAAUUAGGGAUAAUAAAGCUGAAGCUUUUAGGAAGGCUGCUACAAAAUGACAGACCUACAUGCAGGGAAAUUACUUUAACAGCGGAUCUUGGUCUUUAAGCCAAUUAUUAUGAAACUAAAGUGUCUUCUUUGAGCCGUUUUAUCUUACUUGUAGAAUUUGUAAAUUUUCCCAAAUAGUAGGCUCUUAGUUUGACUUGUCCACAAAGUCUACAUUUUAUUUUAUGUUUAACAGUUCUUUCCAACUUAGACUGCAAAGGAUGGAAAACAAGUUUUUAAAACCAGGUUAUGAUUUAGAACAUUUCCUUUUAUUCUCAGUGAUUGGGGAAUGUGAAGCUUGGCUGUAUCUCUUUUCCUGUGACUGACUGUUACAACCCACAGUGAGAGUUUUUGGUACCAUGAUUAUUCUGAGAAAAUGCACUCAGUUUCUCUUUGCCCCCAUAAAUCACAUCUUAGCUCUAUCCUGGUAUUCAACAUCCUAUAAGCAAGAGUCUUGUUUUUUUCCCCAAAGAGCAUGAGGCUGCUCACCCUACCUUAUCUAAUCGUGAGGAUUAGUUUUUACAGUUACUUGUGUGAAAUCUUUUUUUUUUUUUUUUUUUAA